AUGACUUCUCAGUACGAUCUAGCCCGUCAGUUAAAAAAAUGGGCAGUCGAAGAAAUGAAAUUUCAACAGCAUGCCAUGUAUACUGGUGAUCAACUACCAACACAAGAUGAUUUCUUAAGACUGUGCCGUGGUUCAACUGUGGAAAUAUGGAAAUUUUUAAUAAAUAAUAUUUCCUCCUUAGACACGGUUAGGGUUGUCAAAGGAAAUCUAGCCAUUAACGAUCAUCACUAUCGACAACAACAGCAGCAAUCUAAUGAAAACAACAGCGAUCGAAGCGAUGUGAUGCAAGCAUUACGUAAUGAGCGUGAAGAAUUAAUGGAAGAAUUGAAAAAACUAGAGGAAGAUAAUCGCUUAGUGGAAAGUGAAAUUGACAGAUUGGAAAGAAGCGUGACAGAUUUAGAAAUGAAUAUUGAAAGUGAUCGAAAUAAGUUAUUGGAAUGCCAAAAAAGCCAAUUUUUAAUAUCAACAUACAAUCAACAAAGUCAAGAUUAUUCAUCACAGUUGAAAAACUUUGGACAGACGAUAGAUAAAUUUGUACAGAGUAAAAAUUUCGCCCAGAAUUCAAUAUCAAGGGAAAAAUAUGCUUCAAACACGACCGAUAGCGGCUAUGGACAGGAUCAACUCCGUUUGGAAUCAAUCUGUGAGCGAGAUAUUCGGCGAGUAAGUAAGGAUGUACAGAAAUUAUUGGAGCUGUUAUACAUCAAUGAGGAUAAAUUGGAUGAAAAUUACUUCAAAUUUAAAUUCGACAACUCGCAAUUAAAAGAUUUAACAUCACCACCGAACCUUCUCCAAAGUGCUCGCAAGCUUAUAGCAGAAUGUGCACAGCUGCACAUUAACACUUUUAUUUCCACUGAAGAAUUACUCUGUAAAGCUCACGAAGCGGAAAACGAACUGAAUAUUCUAAAGAGCCAGUUAUACAAAUUAAUUGAAGAACAUUAUUAUCACGACUCUGCUUGCUUUGAUGUUGCAAGUAAGCAUUCUUCAGGCAAACUUAUUGCCCAUAUCAUCAGCGGUGAUAAUAACGUUAAGUAUAAUCUCGUUACUUUUGCAAAGUCACUGGUUAUUAAGAAAGAAAUUCGAAAUGUGAUCAAAUCAAGCUUGGAAGACUCGCAUGUGCUUAUACAAGAACAAGAAUCAAAGAGGAAAGGUCUUCUUGCGAAGUAUCACAAUAUACAACGAUUUAAUAAGCUAACAAAUGGAAACUAUUCAAAAUGUCGUGUUUUGCCUCAUGAAGAGGAAAUUAUUAAAGCAGUUAAUAGGUCUGUUGAUAAAGUGAUAAAAGAAACAAAUCAGUUUAAUGCGGUCCAAUUAAGCAGAUUACAGACAACCUUCGCUGAGGAAUUGAAUAUUCGAUUGAAGGUUGACGAUUUAUCCAUAUAUCGAUUAAACUAUUCCGAAAAUGUGGCUCUAUCCAGGUUGCUUCAUCUUAUGGAAUUUCCACAAUAUUUAUCUUCGGAAUGUUUGCUUCCUUUCCUCAUCGGCUCCAAGAAAGAAGGUGUCCGCAUCAGUAAUACUUUGGAUUUACAGCGACGAAUUGCUGAUCAGAUAGGCGUUGAAACGAACUUACUACUUGAGGCACAAUCACUAUCAAAUACCAUAAAAGAGUAUGAUGAAAACUUGAUGAAACGAUUAAUACCGCUAUUGCGUAACAGAAAUAAUCAAGCGAAAAAAUCAAUAUCUGAUUGCGCAACAGUUAAAGAAAUGGCUACUGACUGGUGGGAGCAGCCUGCGCAAUACACCGUUCCUUGGGUGAAGUAUCAAGGAAGAUCACUAUUGCAGUGGUUGGAUGAGUGGCGGGUAACAGUGAAUCUACUACAAAAAAUUAUGUACGCUUCUUGUGAAGGAGGAAAGCAUUAUCAACGUGCCAACAUUGCUAAAUCGAGGACUAACCCUUGA